AUGCAUCAUGCAUCUCGGCCUCAUGCAGACACUGCCUCAGGCCUCAGCCUCAACACGAUCUUGUGGCUUGCUGUUAAAGGCUUGGGUUACCUUGAAACUGACCAUCUCACUUCCCUCCCAGGUCGUGUCCUUCGAGACAGAUUACAGCAGUGGGGUGUCCUAUCUGACCUCAAUGAGUCCAUCAAGCUCUACCAGGCUGCAUCACUUCUCCACCCUCUGGUUUAUUAUGAUCGAUCCAUGUAUUUUGACAAUCUUGCUCUUAGCCUUCGAGACAGAUUCCAGCAGCAGGGUUCCGCAUCUGAUUGGGGACAUCGAGCACCCAUCGAGCUGCGUUGCUCCUAUACCCCCCCGGUCAUUUUGGUUAAUCCACGUCUCUCAACAAUCUCGCCAUCAUCGAGCUCCAUCGAGUUGCACUACUACGUCUCCUCGGUCACCCUGAUCGAUCCAUGUCUUUCUGCCGGCUUUAGAGACAGACCCCCGCAACAGUACGUUCCGUCUGACAUUGAUGAAGCCAUUGAGCUUGGUGGUACUGCACUACUUUUCCGUCCCUUCGGUCAUCCUGAUCGGCGUGUGUCUCUCGACAAUCUUGCCAUGCGGGGCGUCCCGUCUGACCUGGAUGAGAUGUUCAGGAUUUAUCCGCAACUUCUUUGAAGUUUCUGAACUAGUAUGUUACUCUUUUGUCACCGUCUUCUUCACGCUACUUUGAUGUCCUCGGGGAGACCACUUCCUCCCCUACCAUGGAUGGUUUUUCAUGCAGUAUUCGACACGAUUCUCUCACGACUACCGUGGAACUGGUCGAGCAAGGCCGUGCUGUAUCUUGGACCCAGUUAGCACGCCUUCGCACCCCACUAUGAACUACCCAUGUCGAAUGAUGCUGGCGCAGCCU